AUUCCGUAAAAGAUUGCAUACAGAUAUUCAUAAAUGUGUGUAUCUUAGUAGUGGAGAUUUCGUGUAAUCUUGAUCAUGAAAUAAUAACACCAAGCAGUCACACAAGAGUCUUUAAACCCCACCACCACUUCUUUUCGAUCUAUACAUAUAUACAUUACUCCCUGCUGCAGAGAUCUUAAAAAUCCCAUCUUUUUAAUACCCAUUUAUCUAUUUAUAUGUUUAUAUAAACCCACAAUUUUUUUUAGAGAUUGUGGGUUCAAGACUGUGAAUUUUUAGGUCUCGAGUAUACCCAGUUGAGGAAUUUGUGAUAAAGUUGGUUUUUUGAUUAGUGAUGGCCAAUGAAGAGGUGAUUCAUCACAGCUGGAGAGAUUCUUACAGAGGAAUGUCAUCUGACAAUGUAAAGGGUUUAGUGUUAGCAUUGUCUUCCAGUCUUUUUAUUGGUGCUAGUUUUAUUGUGAAGAAAAAGGGCUUGAAGAGAGCUGGUGCUACUGGUGUUAGAGCAGGUGUUGGAGGAUAUUCAUACUUAUAUGAGCCACUAUGGUGGGUAGGCAUGAUAACCAUGAUUGUUGGAGAGAUUGCAAAUUUUGCAGCUUAUGCGUUUGCACCAGCUAUUCUAGUCACUCCUCUUGGUGCUCUCAGCAUUAUUAUCAGUGCUGUACUUGCGCAUAUAAUGUUGAAAGAGAAGCUGCACAUUUUUGGUAUUCUUGGUUGCAUAUUGUGUGUAGUGGGCUCAACCACCAUUGUUUUGCAUGCUCCUCAAGAGCGUGCAAUCGAGUCUGUGAAGGAAGUGUGGGAUCUUGCUACAGAGCCAGGUUUUCUCUUGUAUGCAUCACUGGUGAUAGCAGCUGUCUUCGUACUUAUUUUUCGCUUUGUGCCACAAUAUGGCCAGACGCAUAUUAUGUGCUACAUUGGAGUUUGUUCUCUAGUUGGUUCUCUAUCAGUCAUGAGUGUCAAAGCAAUUGGAAUUGCUUUAAAGCUAACAUUAUCGGGAAUGAAUCAGCUAAUUUAUCCCCAAACAUGGGCCUUUACAACGGUGGUUAUCCUUUGCGUGCUCACUCAAAUGAAUUAUUUAAACAAGGCCCUUGACACAUUCAAUACAGCUGUUGUUUCCCCGAUAUACUACGUUAUGUUUACUUCACUAACUAUUUUGGCAAGCGUGAUAAUGUUCAAGGAUUGGGAUAGACAGAGCCCUACCCAGAUUGUCACAGAGAUGUGCGGGUUUGUGACAAUCCUUUCCGGAACAUUUUUGCUGCACAGAACAAAGGACAUGACUGAUGGCCCAGCACCUUUGCCGGUGCGUCUUCCGAAGUACACCGAAGAAGAUGGUUUCAGUCAGGAAGGUAUUCCUCUUAGGCGGCAAGAAACAACAUCGAGAUCAACAUGAUGAUUUUAGGUGAUUGCAUGUACACAAGAAAAUACCAUACAGGCAUCAGAACCGCAUCCUUAGUAGAGCUUUCUGGAAUGCACAAACAGGGAAUUCUUUUUGUAUUAUUAACCCUUUGCUCUUGUCUUUGAGAAAGGGCUAGGAGCAGGUUUUCACAAUGAGAUUGUAACAUUGCAAGUAGUUUUCUUCGUAGAAAGGAGAACGGCCAAUGUAAAACUGGAAGGAUGUUGAUUAUACAAAAUGUCUGAUCAUUCUUGGCA